AUGAGAAAAGUAACAAAUAAGAAAAAACAAAACGGGAAUACUGUCAAUGGACCUCAGAAGAUAUGGAUCAUGCAAGUAAUGCAUACAAACAAAACCAGUGUGGUUUCAAUGAGAGCUGCAGACGUUAUAAUUAUUAAAAAGCCGACUUUUAGAAGGUACUUGCGCUCUUUAAAUAAAAAGGCAAAUGAAAAUGUUAAGCCUUUGGGUCGGCACACAACCUUUUGUCCUGCAAUUGAAAUAGAAUUGGCAAAAUAUAUUUUAAAGCUGGAAGAAAGAUUUUUUGGUGCAACAAUUGGUGAUUUUCGACGACUGGCUUUCCAAAUAGCUGUUCGGAAUGAUAUUCCACACCGUUUUGAUAUCAGCAAAGAAAUGGCGGGAAAAGGAUGGUAUUAUUCUUUCAUGAACCGAUAUCCUGAACUGUCACUUAGACUACUAGAGAAAAUAUCCAUGUCUACAGCAACUGGAUUCAACAAAAAAAAAAACGUCCAUGAGUUUUUCGACAUUUUAGUAAAAUGUGUUGGUGAAAACGGUUUUACGGGUCAUACAAUUUAUAAUCUUGAUGAAAGUGGAUUUUCAACUGUUCAGAAACGAAAUCAAAAAAUAAUGGCACGUAAAGGAAAACACCAAGUUGGAGGUAUAGCAAGUGAUGAAAGGGGCGUAAACACUACAGUUGUCGUUUGA